AUGGCAGAUGAUGGCACUGGCGAGUGCCACGUGGCGAAAUUGCCGCAGGGCCUCCUGUAUCUUGUCCUCUCGCGCCUGCCGGGCCGCGACGCUGCGGCGGCCGAAUGUGUGCACCCGACGUGGUACGCCACUCUUAACGAAUGCGACCUGUGGAUCCAGAUGGCGAAACGCGAUUGGCUGGUGACAGAUGACGAAAUCAGGGCCGCUGGAUUACAGCAGGCGCCUUCGCCAAGUCAGCCUCCGCGCGAGAAUCCGCGACGCGCAGCAAGCGCACGCGGAGACAGCGCAAUUGUGCGCUGCUCCUCUGCCGCUCGAGCUCCCUCCAGUAGUGGAUCGCCCGGGGUUUCCGCUCCACAUGCAAGACCCGCAGAACCGAAUUGCGGUGUGGCAAACGCCGAAGCAUCUGUCGUUUCCGAAUCGGAUUCCGCAAAAUCGGCGAGGGCGCUUUACGGAUCGCACUACUUUUCCUACCGCCGCUACGGAUCUCUCUACCCCCGCGCACGCCGCGUCUGGCACGUGCUGCGCACGUGGCUGCGCGCGCAUAUUCCGGAACUCGACGAGACGCUGCUAGCGGGCGCAACGGAGCAGCAGCUCGACGCGGCGGAAGCGGCGCUGGGGGUGACUUUUCCCCCCGCCGUGCGCGCCUUGUAUCGCGUAUGCGACGGGCAGAUGCCGCGUUACGAUAAGAUGGUGGUGGAGGUGCGCGGGGAGCAGCGGCGGCGGAGGGGGAGGGGGAGGCGCACGCGCGGCGGGGAUGCAGAGCGGAGGGGACGCGCGGAACAGGGUAGCGGGGGAGGGGGAGAAGAGGGGGGGACGGAUAGAACAAUGAGAGAAAAUGAAGAGGAGGGGGAGGCGCGAGCGGGGGAGGAAGGAGAGGCGGACAGGGAACGAGGCGGCAGGGAGGAGGACGACGACGAGGAGGGGGAGGGGGAGGGGGAGGGGGAGGGGGAGGGGGAGGGGGAGGGGGAGGGGGAGGGGGAGGGGGGGGCGGAAGCGGAAGAGGAAGAAGACGAGGAGGAGGAGGAUGAGGAGGCGGCAGUGGGGUCGAUAUUCCAUGGGCUGUUGGGCAGCUACAGCUUCUACGACCACUGGGUGAGCACACGCCUGCUGCCACUGCGCCGCAUUGUGGCCGGCACACUGCAGAUCCGCACGCGCGUGGCCGCCACACGCCGCACCACGGCGCUGCUCGCACACGCCCGGGGCGGGCGCGGAGCAGCGGGGAGAGCCGGAGGAGCCGGAGGGGGAGGGGGAGGAGCGGGGUUUGGAGGGAACGAGUGGCCGGAAACGCAGAUUCUUAUCGGCGCGUCGUUCAAUUACUCGAAGCUGUUCUUUCUGGAUUGCGCCACGGGCAUGGUGUCCGUGGGGGGCAGUGAUGUGCUGCACGCCUGCACGUUCCUCCCCUGCGUGCCGCCCUCCCGCCCGCGCACCUGCCCGAAUCCUCUGGCUUCAGAGGUUCCCCUCGCAGUAGCGGACGCUUUCCAGCAAGCGCCGUCUCCUGCAUUGCAGGCAGGCGAAGGAGGUAAUGGAGCGCCGUCUACUGACGCAUCACCUGCGGCACCAUCAACAGCUCCAUGCAGCAGUGGCGGCGGCGGCAGGAGAGGCGGCGGGGAUGGCAGCAGUGAUGCUGAUGGCAUGCUGAGGUGGCUGGAGGAAUACGCGUGGAGGCUGGCUAACGGGUGGUACAGGGUACGCACAGUGGUAGAUGACAUCCCCGCUAGAGGCAUCUGCCUGUUCCCCGAGCAGGCACCUCUGUGCUCCAUGGCUGUCACCAGAGGGGUGUGUGUGCGCGCCUCUGCUCUCUUCGUGCCGGAAGUGGCGCCACUGGUGCUGCCACGUCCGUCUGCUGCAUCUGAUUCCGCCUCUGCUGCUGUUGCUGGUGCUGCUGCUGCUGCUGCUGCUGCUGCUGCUGCUGCUGCUGCUGCUGCUGCUGCUGCUGCUGCUGCUGCUGCUGAUGAUGAUGAUGAUGGUGGUGUUGCUGCUGGUGACGCUUCUUCUGGUGGGGGGGAUGAGGAGACAGAGGCUGCAGACCAGCCGCAGGAGGUGCUUCCGAGUUCUAUCCCCCAUGUCACCAUGCUCCCCUCCUCUUCCACGCACGGUUCCGGUUCCCAGACUUGUGCCCAAGCCGCCUCUACUGCUGCCUCACACUCAUCAGCAUGGGCUGCUCACGCUAUGAGCAUUGACCACAGCACCGGCCAAUCAGAGGGCUCUGCCGGUGACAUGUCAGCGUGCCAGCUGCGCUCGCGCCAUUGGGUGAUCAAGGAGGAGGGGGAGGUGGUGGCGGAGGUGAGGGGGGAUGCAGUGGUGGGCGAGUAUCCCAUCUUGAGGCGCGGAGGCAGUGAGUUUGUGUAUCAGAGCUGUUCCCAAAUGACUGGGCAGUGGGGGACUAUAGAAGGGGAUUUUACGUUUGUCCCCGGGGGGCUCAUGAGGCCGACCGGAGCGGAUUUUGAUGCAGCAGUUGCGCCGUUCCCCCUGCAAGUGCCCGACUUUGUUUUUUGA